AUGGCGGCGCCCGCCGGAAAGCCGCCGUAUGGGCGCGGCCAUGUUUCUCGCCCACGAGCCGUUUGCGGUUUCCCACAGGAGGGAGAUGGUUCCGAUGCAGAGCCUCCAGAUGCUGGGGAGGACAGUAAGUCGGAGAAUGGGGAGAAUGCACCUAUCUACUGCAUCUGCCGCAAGCCAGACAUCAACUGCUUCAUGAUCGGGUGUGACAACUGCAAUGAGUGGUUCCAUGGGGACUGCAUCCGGAUCACUGAGAAGAUGGCCAAAGCCAUCCGGGAGUGGUAUUGCCGGGAGUGCCGAGAAAAAGACCCCAAGCUGGAGAUUCGCUAUCGGCACAAGAAGUCACGGGAGCGGGAUGGCACUGAGAGAGACAGCAGUGAGCCACGGGACGAGGGUGGAGGGCGCAAGAGGCCUGUCCCGGAUCCAGACCUGCAGCGCCGGGCAGGAUCAGGGACAGGGGUUGGGGCCAUGCUUGCUCGGGGCUCUACUUCGCCCCACAAAUCCUCUCCACAGCCCUUGGUGGCCACACCCAGUCAGCAUCACCAGCAGCAGCAACAGCAACAGCAGCAGCAGCAGCAGCAGCAGCAGCAGCAGCAGAUCAAAAGGUCAGCUCGGAUGUGUGGUGAGUGUGAGGCGUGUCGGCGCACUGAGGACUGUGGCCACUGUGACUUCUGCAGAGACAUGAAGAAGUUCGGGGGCCCCAACAAGAUCCGACAGAAGUGCCGGCUACGCCAGUGCCAGCUCCGGGCCCGGGAAUCCUACAAGUACUUCCCUUCCUCGCUCUCGCCGGUGACACCCUCAGAGUCCCUGCCAAGGCCCCGCCGGCCACUGCCCACCCAACAGCAGCCACAGCCAUCACAGAAGCUGGGGCGCAUCCGUGAGGACGAGGGGACGGUAGUAUCAUCAGCAGUCAAGGAGCCACCUGAGGCUACAGCCACACCUGAGCCACUCUCGGAUGAGGACCUACCAUUAGACCCUGACCUGUACCAGGACUUCUGUGCAGGAGCCUUUGAUGACCAUAGCCUGCCCUGGAUGAGCGACACAGAAGAGUCCCCAUUCCUGGAUCCUGCGCUGCGGAAGAGGGCAGUAAAAGUUAAGCAUGUGAAGCGUCGAGAGAAAAAGUCUGAGAAGAAGGUGAUGGAGAGGAAGGAAGAGAGAUACAAACGGCACCGGCAGAAACAGAAGCACAAGGACAAAUGGAAACACCCAGAGAGGGCUGAUGUCAAGGACCCCGCCUCACUACCACAGUGUCUGGGGCCUGGCUGUGUGCGUGCUGCCCAGCCUGGUUCCAAGUAUUGCUCAGAUGACUGUGGCAUGAAGCUGGCAGCCAACCGCAUCUACGAGAUCCUCCCCCAGCGCAUUCAGCAGUGGCAGCAGAGUCCUUGCAUUGCUGAAGAGCAUGGCAAGAAGCUGCUCGAACGCAUUCGCCGUGAGCAGCAGAGUGCCCGCACACGCCUUCAAGAAAUGGAGCGCCGCUUCCAUGAGCUUGAGGCCAUUAUUCUGCGUGCCAAACAGCAGGCAGUGCGUGAGGAUGAAGAGAGCAAUGAGGGUGACAGUGAUGACACCGACCUGCAGAUCUUUUGUGUCUCCUGUGGGCACCCUAUCAACCCACGUGUUGCCUUGCGUCACAUGGAGCGCUGCUACGCCAAGUAUGAGAGCCAGACGUCCUUUGGGUCCAUGUACCCCACACGCAUUGAAGGGGCCACACGACUCUUCUGUGAUGUCUACAAUCCUCAGAGCAAAACAUACUGUAAACGGCUUCAGGUGCUGUGUCCCGAGCACUCACGGGACCCCAAAGUGCCAGCUGACGAGGUGUGUGGUUGCCCCCUUGUUCGUGAUGUCUUUGAGCUCACAGGUGACUUCUGCCGCUUGCCCAAGCGCCAGUGCAAUCGCCAUUACUGCUGGGAGAAACUGAGGCGUGCUGAAGUGGAUUUGGAGCGCGUGCGUGUGUGGUACAAACUUGAUGAGCUGUUUGAGCAGGAGCGCAAUGUACGCACAGCCAUGACAAACCGGGCAGGAUUACUCGCCCUGAUGCUGCACCAAACAAUCCAACAUGACCCACUCACUACCGACCUGCGCUCCAGUGCUGAUCGCUGAGCCUCCUGGCCCAGACCACC